AUGCUGAAGCAUGGAGCUUCUGGGUUGAACUUAAAACCCUCUUCCCAAAUUGCAGAUCCCUGGACAGAAGAGGAGAUACUUGCACUGUGGAGGAUCAGAUCUAGCAUCCAAUCUGGCUUCACGGACUUCAUCUGGGAACAUGUUUCAAGGAAGCUUGCAGAACAUGGAUUCAAAAGGAGUGCUGAGAAAUGCAAGGAAAAGUAUGAAGAGGUGAACAAGUACUGCAAUACCACCGCAAUCACUACUAGCUAUAGUAAGAAUUCCAGGUCCUUUAAUGAGCUUGAAGCACUAUGUGAAGGCGUAAACCCUAACCCCUCAGCUGAAAAGAUGGUAAUGAGUGAUGAAGGAGGUGCAAAGAUGAAAUUGGAUUCUGAGGAGAAUUCAGGGAAUGAAACCUUAGUAAAUCCUCCUGUGGAGAAGGAAUGUGUGACCAAGAACUCAAGAACAAAGAAGAGGAAAAGGAAUCAUCAAAAAAUUGAAAUGCUAAAGAGUUUCUGUGAAGAAAUUGUGAACAAGAUCAUGGUCCAGCAAGAGGAGCUGCAAAAAAAGCUUGUAGAAGACAUGGAAAGGAGAGAAGAAGAGAAGAUUGCUAGAGAGGAAGCAUGGAGGAAGCAAGAGAUGGCUAGGAUGGACAGGGAAAUUGAGCUUAGGGCUCGUCUUCAAGAGAUUGCAUGUGAUAGAGAAGCUACAAUAAUUGAGAUCUUGAAGAACUUGAAUCCAAAUCCUUCCUUGAACCCAUCAAAAAACCCUAAACUGCCCACUUCAUCUGAAAGAACCCUAGCCCCUCAAAACCCUAAUUACACAGAUAUCCCCUCCUCCUCCACUGUAGCCCUAACUCAACAAAACCAUGAUUCCCUUGCUACCCAAGAGAACACAGCUCCCCAAAACCCUAAUUACACAUCUAGUACUGAUAGAGAAGACCAUGGUAAAAGAUGGCCAAGGAAUGAGGUUUACUCUUUGAUAAACCUCAGGUGCAAUAUCUACAGUAGUGGUGAAGACAAGGAAGGCUCAAAGGUUCCUCUAUGGGAGAGAAUCUCACAAGGAAUGCUGGAUUUGGGUUACAAUAGAAGUGCCAAAAGGUGUAAAGAGAAGUGGGAGAACAUAAACAAGUACUUCAGGAAAACCAGAGAUGCAAACAAGAAGAGGUCUUCUGACUCCAAGACUUGUCCUUAUUUCCAUCAAUUAAGCAGCUUUUACAAUCAAGGUAAGCUCUCCCUACACUCUGAAGGUCCUGAAAACCAUUCGAGUUCUCCGGAAAACCGCUCGGAACCGCCGGUAACCUCCAAUGACAAGAACUCAGCUCAAGUACCCACCUUAGAAUUUGAAUAUGAAUAAUCAAGUCUCCUUUUCCUCUUUUUUCUUUUUUUUUUUUUUUUUUGCCCCUUUCUUGAGAUCAAAUCAAUGUAGUUACAGUUUUUCUUUUAAGUUUCUGUUAUUAUUUGAAAUAA